AGGCUCAUUCCCACUGCAGUGUCAAGGCUCACACUGUUCUCCUAGAAACUUCCUCCCUCCUCCCCACUCUCCCAUGCAAAUCUUACCCACCCUCUGAGGAGGAGACCAGCUCUCCUUCUUACCUAAUGUCUUCUCUAGCUACUCACUCCUCUUCUCUUUCUUUAAAGUCUUAAGAUUCUUGUUUGUUAAUUCUUCAUUAUAUUGGCUGUAUUGAUCUCUAAUUGGUUUAGGUUAUUUUAAGCCUCUUUAGGGCAGAAGCCAUAGUUUAUGCGUGGUGAUGUGGUGUCCCGGGCUUUGGAGUCAGGCAGAAUUGAGGUCAGGGCCUGACUCCACUUAUUACUCACGUGGCCUUGUGGGAUACUCCUAGCAUUUGAAAGGGGAAAUGCCUUCCCCAGCAUGUGGUGGUGCAAAGAUGCCCUACGGUGCCUCAACAGUGCCUGACAUACACUUAACUAAAAUCUGCCCAUCCCUCACAGUGACUCAAAGGGGCCUGAACAUGUAGCACCUAUUUGGUAGGUAUUUGUUGACUGGCUUGUAGUAGACUACAAGUCAUGGCUCAGAGGACACGGCGACCACGCGGUGAAUCCUCCGUGAGUGUUAUCCUGCCCUUACUUAACAUGGCUUGAGCUGAGGUUAUCCCUGGCUGCAGCUCUGCUUCUGGGAUCUGUUGCUGUUUUUCCAUCUGAACCUUGCCAGGAACACUACUGCCUUCUCGUUUGUUUGUUUGUUUUUCUCUCACAGCGUCUCUUGCGGAAAGCGCCUCCGUUUCAUUUUGCAGGACCUUGCUGAGUUGGAGUGUAUCUAGCCCUUCUUUGUUUCUGUAUGUGGGGUAUGUGUGAGUGUCUCUAUUUACGGCAGGACUGCUUGCAUGGUGCUUUCUUGGCAGAAUUCUGGGUACAGUGACCCUUCUGUGGAUGUUGACCCCUCAGCCUGUGAGUAGGGUCUCACUGAACUGUAAAUUCUCUCAUUGGCAGGCUUUGCCAACCACAGCAUCCUGAGAGGGGCCCUAUGAGUAGAGAAUUAGAAGGACCUCAGAUGUGGUUGAUGUGGUUGGCUGGGAUUAUGCACAGAGGUGUGCACAGGAUGACUGACACACACACACGUGUUGUUUGGGGGUACGGUGCAACUGUAUCAUAGGUUGUGACUGUGCUCACCUUGAAACAGUUCUGACUUUCUUAUCAAUACACAGGUGUUCUAGAAAGUUACCUUAUAAAAACAGUUGGGUAAAGCAAACUAUUUUGUGGGGCGAAUUGCAUUCAAAUGCUGUGUGUUUAUGGCAGGAAGAAAUCAGAAAUGUCUUUACUUGCAGCCAAAGAAAUGAAAGAAGAAACACAGGUCUUCUCAAGAUGGUAAGGAAAGUUGAUGUGGGCAUUCACGCUCAAUCCCUCUGCUCCUGGUGAGGUGCUGUGUGAUGCUGGGAAAAUACUACUAUUCAUCUGAUCCUAGGGAAUUACUCAGUCCAAGCGGAAAGCUUCCAUUCCUGAUUUCCUUGCAGGGAAACUGAAAUGUCCUUGCACAGUGAGUAAGUGCCUGACUCGCUGCUUUGUAAGUCGGGAACCUUCAUAGAAAGAGUGCUUGUGGUGGGGCUCACCUGUGCAGGUGGAAUCAAACCCUAUGUGUGUUGACCUGUGAGGUUGUCUCAGAGUUUGAAGAAACUACAUCUUUGGAAGUCUGCCUCCUUUUUUUAAAUAUGUGGUUCAGGAUUAACAAUAUAUACUUUCUACAAAAGGGGAAAUGGGGAGCAUUUGAUAUAUCAUUAAUAAAUUCUUAAAACACUUCUUAUAUUCACACAUUAAAAAGUAUGCUAGUCUGGAGCACCUGGAUGAGUCAGUCAGUUGAGCAUCCGACUCAAUUUUGGCUUAUGUCAUGAUCCCAUGGUUGUGGGAUCAAGCCCCACAUCAGGCUCUGCAGUGAGCAUGGAGCCUGCUGUAGAUUCUCUCUCUUUCCCUUUGUCCCUGUCCCCUGCUCACUCUCUCUCUCUCUCUAAAAUGAAGGUGAAAAAAAAAGUUAUAAAAGUAUGCUACUCUGAAGAUAACCAAGAUUCUAUUCGUAGUAAUGAGGUCUCAAGAUCUCAUUGGUAAAGUGAGAGUAUUGCAUAAUCAUUAAGGUCCCAUAUAGGAAAAAGAAAAUCUAAUUCUGUAGUCUAAAUUUCCCUCAACCUUAAGCUGUGUCUAUGAUCUUAGCAUUCAAUCUAUAGUAAUUAGUAUUGGGUUAUAUAUUAUCUUACUUUAAAUUUUUCCUGAAUUUUAAGUUUGUCACCUUAACUCAAUUUUUUUAAGUGAAAGGACCAUGACGGUACCUCACAUUUCCUUUGAUAUGUUUUCCCCCACACCUGGGGCUGUGAGUAGCCACUUGAUAAAUGUGCAGUGAUGGCCAGGAACUUGUGAGAGCCCCAUAUUUCUGAGGAAAGAUCAAUGUGAGUCAUAUUUUACCUUGUAGGUGUAAUACGACCUGUGAGGAAGUGCUGAUAACAUGUGACUGCCCUCAUGGUUACUAUGAAAGAUAAUGGCCCAGAGCCAGAAGGCAGAAGACUGAUCUUUGAAAAUAUGUAUUUGGGAGAUAGUCACGUUCUGUUGAAUACCUUGUGCUGGUGCUGCCAUCGAAAAAUCUGGUUACACUCCGGGGAGGCCUGCUGCCUCUGCAGGACUGCACCGCCUCGGCCCUGAGAUGAGUGUCCGGCCUGAGCGGGCACACCAUGAAUAGAUACACAACGAUCAAGCAACUUGGGGAUGGAACCUAUGGUUCCGUCCUACUGGGACGAAGCAUUGAGUCUGGGGAGCUGAUUGCUAUUAAAAAAAUGAAAAGAAAGUUUUAUUCCUGGGAGGAAUGCAUGAACCUUCGGGAGGUUAAGUCUUUAAAGAAGCUCAACCACGCCAAUGUUGUAAAAUUAAAAGAAGUUAUCAGGGAAAAUGAUCAUCUUUAUUUUAUCUUCGAGUACAUGAAGGAAAAUCUUUACCAGCUCAUUAAAGAAAGAAAUAAGUUGUUUCCUGAAUCUGCUAUAAGGAAUAUCAUGUAUCAGAUAUUACAAGGACUUGCAUUUAUUCACAAACACGGCUUCUUUCAUAGGGACUUAAAGCCUGAGAACCUCCUCUGCAUGGGCCCAGAACUUGUGAAAAUUGCAGACUUCGGGUUGGCCCGAGAGAUCCGAUCAAGACCCCCAUACACAGACUAUGUAUCCACCAGAUGGUACAGGGCUCCAGAAGUGCUCCUGAGGUCUACCAACUACAGCUCCCCCAUUGACAUCUGGGCAGUGGGCUGCAUCAUGGCAGAAGUGUACACCCUCAGGCCACUCUUCCCUGGGGCCAGUGAAAUUGACACCAUCUUCAAAAUUUGCCAACUGUUGGGGACACCGAAAAAGACCGACUGGCCUGAAGGCUACCAACUUUCAAGUGCAAUGAACUUCCGCUGGCCCCAGUGCGUACCCAAUAACUUAAAGACCCUGAUUCCAAAUGCUAGCAGUGAAGCCAUUCAACUCCUGAGAGACAUGCUUCAGUGGGAUCCCAAGAAACGGCCAACAGCUAGUCAGGCGCUUCGAUAUCCUUACUUCCAGAUUGGGCAUCCGCUGGGCAGCACCACACAGAGCCUUCAGGAUUCAGGAAAACCACAGAAGGAUGUCCUGGAAAAGGCGGGCCCCCCUCCUCACAUUAAGCCGAUCCCACCUGCCCAGCCCCCAACCAAGCCACACACACGGAUUUCUUCGAGACAGCAUCAGGCCAGCCAGCCCCCUCAGCAUCUCAUGUACCCCUACAAAACAGAGGCUUCCAGGACAGACCACCUGAACCAUCUUCCAGAGGACAAGCCAAGCCCGUUGCUCUUCCCGUCCCUCCAUACCAAGAAUCCUCAGUCGAAAAUGCUGGCUGGCCUGGAACACAAAAAUGGGGAGAUCAAGCCAAAGAGUAGGAGAAGGUGGGGUCUUGUGUCCCGGUCCACAAAGGAUUCCGAUGACUGGGCUGACUUGGAUGACUUGGAUUUCAGUCCAUCCCUCAGCAGGAUGGACCUGAAAAACAAGAAGAGACAGAGCGAAGAGACCCUCUGCAGAUUUGAGAGUGUUUUGGACCUGAAGCCCUCUGAGCCCAUCGGUACAGGAAAUAGCGCCCCCACCCAGACCUCUUAUCAGAGGCGAGACACCCCGACCCUGAGGUCCGCGGCCAAGCAGCACUACUUGAAGCACUCCCGAUACUUGCCCGGAAUAAAUAUAAGAAAUGGCAUACUUCCAAAUCCAGGCAAGGAUUUCAUUCCAUCUAACCCAUGGUCUAGUUCUGGUUUGUCUGGAAAAUCUUCAGGGACAGUAUCGGUAAUCAGCAAAAUAAAUUCAGUUGGUUCCUGCUCUACAAGUUCUAGUGGACUGACUGGAAACUAUAUCCCCUCCUUUCUAAAAAAAGAAGUUGGUUCUGCUAUGCAGAGGGUACACUUGGCACCUAUUCCAGACCCUUCCCCUGGCUAUUCUUCCCUGAAGGCCGUGAGACCUCAUCCUGGGCGACCUUUUUUCCACACCCAGCCUAGAAGCACUCCCGGGUUGAUGCCCCGGCCUCCGGCUGCCCAGCCAGUGCAUGGCCGGACGGACUGGGCUUCUAAGUACGCGUCUCGGCGAUGACUGUGCCGAAGCUUCUGGGGGUGCAGGAAAGCAGGACACGGUCCCUCCACCAACUGGUGUUCUGCUGGCAAGAAGCUUGCGGAUGGUGUAAAAGCAAACCAACACUUUAUAGUUGUUCUUCUGAAUGAAGACAUUUCAAUAUUCUUUAAAAAAAUUUUUUUUAAAUAUUGAUUUGAACGCAGUACCCUUUUUUUGUACAAAAUUAUUUUAUUCUAAAACUGGGUCCCAUUAUUUUCUUAAACAGCGGCAUUUUGUAUAUAUGGAUUAUGUUUUAGCAUUUUAUACAGUCAACUUUGUAAUGAACUUUUUAAAAAUUAAUUGACUUUCCUUUGGGGUUCCAGAUAAUAUUUUAUACAGAUUUUUAAAAAUUUAAUAAUAUUGAUGCAGUAUUGCAACAGGGGUGCAAUUUAAGGCUACAUGAUAGAGGGUUAUUUACUCAAUGCGUGCAGAUAUUUGUGAAGUGGUUAAAUUUUAAAUGUGGCACAUUGGCACUUCAGGCUCUCUUGGACCAGUGUCAGCCCUAGAGAAAUGAUCUUCUGCUUUUCUCAAUAUCAUGUUAUUCGUUUGACUUUUUUGAUACCACUGUGCUGUUCUGAAAGUACCAUUAUGCAGUUCAUUUCAUUUUGUGUUUCCCAAAUGAAAGAACUCUUAAGUAAAUAUUUUUUGAAAUGUUUACAACAACGCUUUAUGGUGGUUGGAGAUAAGCGAAUGAAACCGAGCUUUACCACGCUAGGCCGUCAUAUUCUAUUUUUCUUCUAUUUUUGAAAUCAAACUGUGUAAGUUCCCACAGAAGGGAAGCUUUUCAGGCCAACAGGUUUUUAACAUAAAGGUUAACACAGUCAGUUAAACUUAGAUCCCUGCCAGGAUGCACGACCAAAAAGCUAAGUUUCAAAGCAGCAGAAGGGUUUUUUAUUAUAAUAAGUGAUCAGAUUUUGCAUUCAGCUUAGUUCUCCAGGCCUGGCUAGGAACAAACAAUGAAUAAUCUUCUGUCCUAGCUAAACUCUCAGGGCACGUUGGGGAGCAGGAACUUACCUGGGAAGUCACGGUUACCAUGAUGUUAGUGUCCAUAGCGUGCCACAUUUGAACUCUUAACCCUUGUGUAGCUUCUUCACACAGUGGGAACUCUAUUUGUUGGGCAGAGGCUGUUCCAUUGAGAGGAAUGUUUACAGCAAUUUUGAAAAUGACAAAGCUAGUUUGGAGACAGAAAAAGACAAAAGGUCCACUCUUCAUCCAUCUCUGUAGGGCAUUGUGCCUCCACCCAUGGUUACCUGAAAGGCAGGAGGGAAGGUCUUCGCCAGUGAACAAGAUACAAACUCAAUAGCACAUUGACUCACAUUCUGCCAAGCUACUCUUAUUUGGUUCCAGGUUCCAACGUAUAGCAAAUUGAGCCACAUGAAGUUGUCAUUUCUGUAGGUUAAAAAGAUACAUUGCAGUGAAUAUUGGCACUUUGAUUUGAUUCAACCCAAUAAGUUGGUAAAUGACUGCUUUGACGUAUUAGUAACGUGUUGCAGCCUGAACAAAUUGCCAUGGCUCCCGAAGAGCCCUAAUCUAAAUCACGGAGUAAUUUUUGCUUUGGAGAAUCUGGCUCAAAAAUGUACUUGACCAAGCACUAUGAUCCCUAGGGGCACAAGAAAAGCACAUGAUGGAUGUGGAUUUGGUAGGUAAUAUUUUCUGUUCACAAACUGGCAGCAAAGCUUCAGAAAACAAAUAUGUAUAUGUAAGCACAACUUGAAGCUGAACUCACUUCUGUAUUAUAUGCUCAAUUCAUUAUCUAAAGCAACAGAAAGUGUGUUUUCAGAGAUGAGUCCUUUACUGCAAUUAAUAUUUAUUUUCCCUUUCUGUAUUAUGUAUAAAAAGUAAGUGAAUCUGUAACCUGACCCAGCUUGCUGGAAAGCUGGUUUUAAAUUGUACAUACCUCUUAGAGAAGCUAAUGGAUUGUGAAUAUCAUAUGUGUGGCCCUCUAGCUUAUGUUGAGGUCAUUACAUUUUUUAAAUUAAAAAACCUAGUUACCUGGUUGUUACACAUUAUAAAUUUGUUUUUCUAAUACUUUUGUGGGCCCAAACUCAGAAAAUAUCUCCGUUUUCAUCCUCUUACGUUUUCCUUUAUUUGUGAGUAAACAACUCCUCUUAGGAAGCUGAACAUGUUUAUCCACGCGAAAGUUGAGCAGCAGAUGUGCGGUUUAGAAAAACAGAAGACUGAAAAAGCAAUGUGAAUUCUAAAGAACUAGCAAAAUCCUAGGAAGUUCUCUUUUUUUCCCCCUGAAAUGGAUAAAGGGCAGAUGUGUAUACAAGCUGUUUACUAUAAAAGGG